AUGUCUUCUCAAUCAAAAAGCACUACCUCAAGUGCUACACUGGAAGAUAGAAGGAUAUAUGGUUUCGGUCCUGACCAUCGUAUGCCUUAUUCGUGCUCAUACUGCCUUGGCACUCCAAGAUUGGUUAAGGAAUGCCGACCAUGUAACGGUACGGGGUUGAUGUGGGACUCCAGCUCGGGUAACAAGUACGGAGGAAAAGAUAAAAGGCAAAUAGCCCCUGGCGGGUCAUCGGCUGGUAGCUCUUCUCUAUCAUCAUAUGGCCAAAGAGGUUAA